AUGGUGUGCUGCUGCGAGCGUAGUUGGAGCGACAUAGUGGUGGUCACGGCGCUGGUGUGCACCACCAUGUAUUCCGCUCACAGCUUUUACACAUAUCUCUUCCCCAACACCCUCGAGGCCCUCGCGACAGCUUUUCUGCACCCGUUCAUCAACAUGAGUGCCGAUGAGCUGCUAAGCAAGGUCAGCGCUACCCAUUCGACCUCAGGGAAGAGCAGUCGCUGGUCGCGCUUGUCGCCGACGAGCAUGUCGACGUUGUGCGGUGUGAGGUUGUGGGGCUGGCUGCUCUUUCUCACGUCUGUGUUUUUGCUGCUGAUGGAUGUGUGGGCGUACACCAUGGCCGUCAUCAUCCCGCCUGGUCGAGUGCCGGCUGUGUUCCGACAGCGUGCCACAAAGAGCGCUUCACUCGCGCUGAGCACCUUCUACGAGCCGCUGACCCGCUCUGAGACGCCGAUGGCACUCUACCCAUCCGGCAGGACAGGCUUCAGAGCGCAGAAAUACGGACGAUUGCGGACGUUUGGGGCCGACACGGCCAUGGGAGAAGGCGUCAGUCAGUCGGCGCAGCCGCCAGCGGACGCCGUCGCAGCGUCGAAUCAGCCUCCACAUGAGCUGUUCUUUUUCAAUCCCAAGGCCAAUAGCUACACGAGCGUGCAGAACAACUACCUGAAUUUUUGCCCAAUGUGCGCCACCUACAAGCCGCCUCGUGCUCAUCACUGCAGUCGCUGCAAUUGUUGUAUUCUCAAGUACGAUCAUCAUUGCCCGUGGCUGGGCCAGUGCGUCGGCUUCUACAACUACAAGAAUUACCUUCUCGUUCUGCUUUACACAUGGCUUCUCACGGCGUGGGUGCUGACGCUGCUGUCGAUUGCGCUUACCGUCUACGUGCUUGAAGUGAAAGAAAAUUUUUUCGGCUCUGCACGAAGGCGGAAAACUACUGCAGGGGCAUUAGCAGAAACACCGCCACCGCGCACGGGCCUCGGUGUCGGUGCCAACAUCGCCGAAGAGCUGGACGUUGGGCCCCCAUUUUUCGGCGUUAUGGUGUGCAUAGCGCAGAGCUUAUUGUUCUUCGCCAUGACCACGUACUUGCUGAAGCGACACUUUACGUAUGCGCGACACAACAUUACCACCAUUGACAUGGUCAUCUACGAGAAUGAGCGACGUCUCUUUCACGGAGCGUCAGGGGACUCCGAUGUCGAAGCAGACCCGACGACGCCAAGAAGCGAUGCGAACCCGGCCACCUACCGCGUGCGAACACUCCAGUCGUACAUGCGCCGCAAUAUUUACGACCUCGGCGUGCAGCGCAAUCUCCUGCAGGUCUUCGGUGACGCGCAGCUGAACAACCCUGGCGAGGACGUCCAUGGCAACCCGCUGCCACGGCGGUGCUACACUGACUGGAUGGAGAGUGACAUUCCACGCCACCGCCACUUUGUGGUGCGUUGGUUCUUCCGUUUUCUUCCCACGGCCGCGUACCCACCGCAGCGGACGUGGGAGCAGAUUGACAUGUCCAGUCGCUCAGCUAGCAGCUCCAUCCACAUGUCAGCGCGAAGCCACGCCAGCUACGGAACAAUGAAGGGACAGGAGGAAGGCGCUGACACAGCCGCGCCGGGCAGGGCGACAGGCGCUUCACUACUCACCGAGCUAGGUGUGGAGGAGGAACAGUUGCUUGGGCUGCGCUUCCCCACACGAUCAGCCAUGGGCCUAGACGGAGACGAGCAGCCGUGA